GACUGACUUCCUAAGUCGUGUUGCGUCCGCGACGACAGUGACGCGUGUUGCCGGGAGCAUGGCGGACGCCGGUUUGCGCCGCGUGGUUCCCAGCGAUCUUUAUCCCCUUGUACUCGGCUUUCUGCGCGACAACCAACUCUCGGAGGUGGCAAAUAAGUUCGCCAAGGCGACAGGCGCUACACAGCAGGAUGCCAAUGCUUCUUCCCUCUUGGACAUCUAUAGCUUCUGGCUCAACAGGUCUGCCAAGGCCCCAAAGCGGAAGUUACAGACAAAUGGACCAGUGACUAAGAAGGCUAAGAAGACCUCAUCCAGUGACAGCAGUGAGGACAGCAGCGAGGAAGAGGAGGAGGAAAAAGCCCAAGGCUCUCUACCUAAGAAAGCUGCUGUCCCUACUAAGCGGGCUAAUCUGCCUCAGCAUCCUGGAAAGGCUGUGGCCAAAGCUUCAGAAAGUAGCAGCAGUGAAGAAUCCAGUGAUGAAGAGGAGGAAGAGGAAAAUAACAAGAAAAAGCCUGUCCAGAAGGGAGUUAAACCUCAAGCCAAGGCAACUAAAGCUCCUCCUAAGAAGGCUCAGAGCUCUGAGUCUGAUUCUGACUCAAGCUCCGAGGAUGAGGCAUCAAAGAACCAGAAGCCAAAGACAACACCUAAGACAGCUAAAGCUCAGGCUAAGUCUUCAGCCAAACCAGGUCUGCCUGCUCAAGCAGCACCUAAGGUAGCCAAUGGCAAAGCAGCCAGCAGCAGCAGCAGCAGCAGUAGCAGCAGCAGUGAUGACUCCGAAGAGGAGAAGACCGUAGCAGCCUCCAAGAAGACUGGACCUAAGAAGCAAGUGGUGGCCAAGACGCCAGUGAAAGCAAGUAUCACCCCUAACCAGGAGAGUUCUAGCAGUGAAGAGUCCUCUAGUGAAGAGGAAGAGCAGCAGACAAAACCUUUGAAGAAAAAACCAGGCCCGUACAGUUCAGUUCCCCCACCUGCUCCCCCACCAAAGAAGUCCUUGGGAACUCAGCCUCCCAAGAAAGCUGUGGAGCAGAAACAGCCAGUAGAAAGCAGUGAAGACAGCAGUGAAGAGUCUGAUUCAAGUUCUGAGGAAGAGAAGAAGCUUCCAGCUAAGGCAGUCAACUCCAAAGUAGCUGCUGCUAAACCAUCUCCAGCAAAGAAGGCAGCAGAGAGCUCUUCAGACAGCUCAGAUUCUGACAGCUCUGAGGAUGAAGCUUCGAGGAAGCCCGUCAGUACCUCCAAGAAUUCCUUAAGUAAACCAGCUGUUACUCCCAAGCCAUCUGGGAUCAAGCCAGCUGCAGCCAAAACAGCUUCAGGCAAAGCUGCUGCAGCUCCCAAGCACCCUGCAGGUCAGAAGCCUUUGACGAGAAAGGCUGAUAGCAGCUCUAGUGAGGAGGAGAGCAGCUCUAGUGAGGACGAGAAGACAAAGAAGACUGGGGCUACCCCUAAGCCUGUGACUGCCAAAGCAGCAUCCUCUCUGCCUGCCAAACAAGUUCCUCAGGACGAUGGGGACAGCAGCUCUGAAUCGGACAGUUCCAGCAGUGAUGAGGAAGAAGAGGAGGCAAAGUCUAAAUCUCCAGUUAAGAAGAUGGUGGGAGGUGCCACCCCUGCCAAACCAGCCCCUACCAAGUCAGCCCCUGCCAAGCCAGCCCCUGCCAAGAAAGAGGCUGCGAAGAGCAGCAGCAGCAGCUCUUCCUCUGAUGAUUCAAGUGAGGAGGAGGAAGAGAAGCCCAAAGGCAAGGGCACUCCAAAAUCACAAGCUCCCAAGGCCAAUGGCACCCCUGCAGUGACUGCUCAGAAUGGAAAAGCAGGCAAGGACAGUGAGGAAGAGGAGGAAGAGAAAAAGGCAGCAUUGUCAGUUUCCAAGCCAGGUUCAGGAAAGAAGCGGAAGCAGAAUGAGGCAACUAAGGAUGCAGAGACUCCUCAAGCCAAGAAGCCUAAGCUCCAGACUCCCAACACAUUUCCAAAAAGGAAGAAAGGAGAGAAAAGGGCAUCUUCGCCAUUCCGACGGGUGCGGGAGGAGGAAAUUGAGGUGGAUUCACGAGUGGCAGACAACUCAUUUGAUGCCAAGCGAGGUGCAGCUGGAGACUGGGGGGAACGAGCCAAUGAGGUUCUGAAGUUUACCAAAGGCAAAUCAUUUCGGCAUGAGAAAACCAAGAAGAAGCGGGGCAGCUACCGGGGAGGUUCCAUCUCCGUCCAGGUCAAUUCCAUCAAGUUCGACAGCGAGUGACCUGGGGCCGCCCAUAGCAAAGCAGGGAUGACCAGGGAGGCCACUCACCUGUGGUGGCCUGAGGAACUCUCGGCUCCGGGAGUGGGAAGUCUUGGUAUGAACAGAGGUGUAGAGUAGGUCCUAAGACUUUGCAACAUAACAUUCUCUUAGGUCCUUUUUUAUGUUCCAAGUUUUGUACAGAUUUGUUUUUUUGAGUGUGGAGUAUCAGGGACACAGUAAGAAGAAUGUUGUUUUCUAAGAAUCUGUUCUAGUUGUCCGUCUCUUAUUCUUGUUCUGUGAAAGCCCUCAUACUGAGAAAUUUGUAUAUUUUAUAUUAAAUCAUUUCUUAUUUUUGUUGUGAUUUUCAGAGGUGGGCUCCCACACAAAAUUUUAGCAAUUAACGAAGACAUAGUAAAUAAUUCCAUCUAAAUUUUUAUAACUGAAAUUCUGCCUGUGUGAGUGCACACGUCCACGUUUUCUCUCUCCAAAGCCCUGGUGAGACAGAUAAAGACUGGUAUGUGUUUAUAUCUGUGAAGCAUGCACUAUAAAGCUCAUCCUCAUUCAUUGAGUAUGGGACUGAUGCUUUCAGCCAGCAUGGACCUACAACUUCGGAGGAUUAAAGUCACACUGUUUUUGUAACAUGAUGCCUGUAAAAUUCACAUUGUGUGUAGAAUUCAGUGUGUGUAAGUCAUGGGUCAGUCUAAAUGUUUCAUUUUUCUGCAGUCUUAUCAUAUUACAUAAUAUUUGCAGUACAUCUUUUGUUUUUAACUUGAAAGCAAACUUUGGUACUGUUAAGGCAUUUUUCAGUGACUUGACUUACUACUGUUGUACUACUAAGGUGAGGAUUGAAUCUUCUGUUAUAUACAUGCUCCAGAACAAAAUUGUCUUGGUUUUCUGUGAAAAGUGCAUUUCACUAUUUCUCAGUUGGUAGCAGUGAUGACACAAAAUUGAUGAAUUCCUCCUUUAACAAUAUUGGGAAAAGAACUGUACUGUAAUUAAAGUCCCCAAUCCUUAGUAGGAAUUAGAUUGGUUCUAUUAAGAAAACUCAUGAGUAACCUCUCUAUGUGUUAAUAGAGGUAUAAAGAACUUUAACAAAACACAAGAUUUCAGUAGAGUUGGGUUGGGAGAGCAUGGUAUUGAAAUGAAUUGUUUUUAAGUCGGCACUGGGAAGUAAUCCAUGUGCUCCUGCUUCAGAACCUUAACAGUGAAAUAACAGUAAACUGCAGGGCUGGGAAUAGUUCAGUGGUAGUAUGCUUGCCUGGCAUUUGUGAGGCUGUCUCUGAAUUAGACAUCUGAUUAUCCAGCUCAGCCAGAGUGAAGAGGAGGGGGAGGGAAGAGUCUAGCUUUCUGAAGCGUGGGCUGUCCCUGUGUGAGGAAGGUGUACCUAGCUUCGUGGAUGAGGUGUAAGUCUUAAAAGUGCCCUCUAGUUUGGAUUCCACACUUGCUAAAUAAUCCUUAUUAAACCUUGAAGAAAAUGCACCCUUCAUGCUGAGCUGACCUACGUGUUUUCAGUCUGCAUGGUAAAAAUUUUUCAUCUUAACAUAAAACAAUAAAUGAGCUGGUUUAAUGUG